AGCACACAGCAUCCCUGUAUACAGUGACUUCACAUACAGGCAAUCACUGCACACACACACUGAGCACACAGCAUCCCUGUACACAGUGACUUCACAUACAGACAAUCCCUGCACACACACACUGUGCACACACUGAGCACACAGGAUCCCUGUACACAGUGACUUCACAUCCAGGCAAUCACUGCACACACUCAGCACACAGCAUCUCUGCACCUGCAUCACUCUCUUAGCAAACCAUGUAAGCAGCAUUAUCCCUGCAUCCUGGGUACCAUCCCCUUACUGAGCGUCUCAGCCUCCUCUCUGUGUGCACCAUGCAUCACUCCUCUGGGCAUUCUUUUGGAGAAAGGCCUUUGAUCUGCAUCCCACCCUCCUCUCUCCUGUCACUGAUGAUGUUCUUCCACUCUCCUUGUGUGAACUGAGAAAAAAAGCAAAACUCAACAAAAAAACAAACAAAAAAAGCCUCAAAACUCAUUUGCAUUUCAAGGAAACUGGAAACCAAGAAAAAUAAAUAUUUGUGGAAUUUGCAUCCUCCCUUCUGAUCGCAGGACCCUCCAAUCUCCACGUCCCAUGUGCCAGGACUGUAGAAUCACCAUGUCUGUCUGCUUCGCUAUCUCCUUCUGAAGAGCCUGUUUUCUUUUGUGAGACCCAUCAUUCUUCCCUGUCCCUAUGAAUUCUUCCCCUCCCCCCUGACUAAAGGACCCUCUGCUCACCCCAUUCACAAUUUUCAUUCUUACUCCUUUUAAAAGGACCCUGUCACAUCACCAACAUGAGGACUCUGCGUGCCCCCAUCUCUCCAUGGGGAUAUUAAGAUGGCCUACAGCAGGUUACCCUCUCACCUGCACUCAGCCCUGGUUCCCUUUACUCCCAGCAUCACUGGGGUCUUCUCUUGAUUACUGUUAAAGUCAAGGAAGGAGGGUCGUCGGUGGAUUUGUCUAAUUUUGUCUUUUGCAAUUGUCACGUCAGCGGAAGCCCCCUCUCCUGUGGGACUCUGUGCCUUAAUGACAUUACCUGUGUCUUGCAUCGGUUGGUUGGGGGGAUAGAGAGUGUCAGCUGCCUCUCCACCCCCCCAAAAGGACGUGCUUGCCCCCCUGCAGAUGAGGCAGAAUCUCCCCCCCCCCCCCGUGCGCCGUCUCCGGGAGACGGAGGAGGAAUUGAGCAGGGAGAGCAGAAUUGUGUAGAAGGAGGAGGGCAAUGGAUUCCUUGUGAUUUGGUUUGGGGGGGUCUUGGAAAAGGGAUGAUGUGAUCCUCCCCCUCGUCCCUCUGCACCCGUGUGUCUCCCCCUAGCUCGCUUCAUCCCUCCAGUGUGUGGGCUACUAAGAGAUCAAGACAGAGGGAGACGAGGAGAAAGAUCUCCGAUCUGCAGAGCUGCGUCCUCGUCUGUCUGUGGUGUCAGCGUGGCUGCGCCCCGAUCCGUCUCCAUGAGGAGUAGAAGAAGAUGCUGCAGCCUGAGCUCGGAGCUCCGCUCCUUCUCCUGCUCCUGAGUGUCACCUCCCCGGGGGUCUCGCUGCUGUCAUCCCUACGUGUUGCUGCCAUACUUGACGAUCAGACGGUUUGUGGCCGCGGAGAGAGGUUGGCACUUGCACUGGCACGUGAACACAUCAACAGCCACACACAAGGAGCAACCAGUGGGCGCGUAGAGGUAGAGAUCUUCGAAUUGCAGAGGGACAGCCAGUACGAGACUACAGACACAAUGUGUCAGAUUUUACCGAAAGGAGUUGUUUCUGUCCUUGGACCCUCAACUAGUCCUGCAUCAGCAUCCACUGUCAGCCACAUCUGCGGAGAGAAAGAGAUACCUCACAUUAAGUUGGGUCCAGAAGAAACCCCCAAACUUCAGUAUCUGCGAUUUGCUUCCGUUAGUCUCUACCCCAGUAAUGAGGAUAUUAGUCUGGCUGUGUCACAUAUCUUGAAAUCCUUCCACAACCCAUCCACCAGCCUUAUCUGUGCCAAGGCCGAAUGUUUAUUAAGGUUGGAAGAAUUGGUCCGACAGUUCCUUAUUUCUAAGGACACCCUAUCUGUGCGAAUGUUGGAUGAGUCCAAUGAUCCAACGCCACUUUUGAAAGAGAUUCGUGAUGACAAAGUGUCUACAAUCAUCAUCGAUGCCAAUGCAACAGUGUCACACCUCAUCCUUAAGAAGGCUUCAGAACUUGGAAUGACAUCUGCCCAUUACAAGUACAUACUGACCACAAUGGACUUCCCCUUGCUACCACUGGAAGGAGUAGUUAGUGACCACUCAAACAUCUUGGGGUUCUCGAUGUAUAACAGCAGUCACCCAUUCUACUUGGAGUUUUUGAGGAGCCUCAACAUGUCCUGGAGGGAGAACUGCGACCUUAGCUCCUACCUGGGGCCAGCUCUUUCUGCUGCAUUGAUGUUCGAUGCCGUACAUGUUGUGGUCAGUGCCGUACGGGAGCUAAACCGAAGCCAGGAGAUUGGAGUCAAGCAACUUUCCUGCAGCACAUCACAAAUAUGGCAACAUGGAACCAGCCUCAUGAACUAUCUACGCAUGGUAGAGUAUGAUGGACUGACUGGACGGGUUGAAUUCAACAGCAAAGGGCAGAGAACGAACUACACUUUGCGUAUCCUGGAAAAGGCAGGGGACAGUCAUCGAGAGAUCGGAGUCUGGUAUUCUAACCGCACCCUGGCCAUGAAUGCUACCAGUUUGGACAUUAACAUUUCGGAGACCUUAGAAAACAAGACUUUAGUAGUUACUACUAUACUGGAGAACCCAUACAUGAUGCGCAAAGCGAAUUUUCGCUCCCUGUCUGGAAACGACCAAUACGAGGGAUUCUGUGCCGAGAUGCUGAUGGAGCUCGCAGCUCUCCUUCGCUUUAACUACAAAAUCAAGCUUGUCGAGGAUGGACUUUAUGGCGCCCCUGAACCCAAUGGCUCUUGGACAGGCAUGGUUGGAGAACUUAUUAACAGAAAGGCCGACCUUGCUGUCGCUGCUUUUACGAUCACAGCGGAACGGGAGAAAGUCAUCGAUUUUUCCAAACCGUUCAUGACCCUUGGGAUCAGCAUUCUGUACCGCGUGCAAAUGGGCCGGAAGCCUGGUUACUUCUCUUUCCUGGAUCCUUUCUCUCCUGCUGUUUGGCUCUUCAUGUUGUUGGCUUAUCUGGCGGUCAGCUGCGUGCUGUUCCUGGCAGCCAGGCUGAGCCCUUAUGAAUGGUACAAUCCACAUCCGUGUCUACGUGAGCGACAUCAUAUCUUGGAGAACCAAUACACACUGGGCAACAGCUUAUGGUUCCCCGUGGGAGGCUUUAUGCAGCAGGGGUCAGAGGUCAUGCCGCGAGCUUUGUCCACUAGAUGUGUGAGUGGAGUCUGGUGGGCGUUCACCCUUAUAAUCAUCUCCUCUUACACGGCCAAUCUUGCUGCCUUCCUCACCGUACAAAGAAUGGAAGUUCCUAUUGAAUCAGCUGAUGAUCUUGCAGAUCAGACUAAUAUUGAAUACGGGACUAUUCACGGUGGAUCAACUAUGACAUUCUUCCAGAACUCGCGGUAUCAGACCUACCAGCGCAUGUGGAAUUACAUGAACUCCAAGCAGCCCAGUGUGUUUGUGAAGAGCACCGAGGAGGGGAUUGCACGUGUGCUGAACUCUCGCUAUGCCUUCUUGCUGGAGUCCACCAUGAACGAGUAUCAUCGCAGGCUGAACUGCAACCUUACUCAGAUUGGGGGACUGCUUGACACCAAGGGUUACGGCAUUGGGAUGCCAUUGGGAUCUCCAUAUAGAGAUGAAAUCACUCUUGCAAUAUUGCAGCUUCAGGAGAACAAUCGUCUGGAGAUUCUAAAGAGGAAAUGGUGGGAAGGGGGAAAAUGUCCAAAGGAGGAAGAUCACCGAGCAAAAGGUCUUGGGAUGGAGAACAUCGGAGGAAUAUUUGUGGUUCUAAUAUGCGGUCUGAUCAUUGCUGUAUUUGUGGCUAUUAUGGAGUUUGUUUGGUCAACAAGACGUUCGGUGGACAACGAGGAGGUGAGAACUAAUCUGGAGAAGGGGCUGGAGGAUAGAGCUAUCUCAGUCUGUCAAGAGAUGUUGAGUGAGCUACGAAGUGCUGUUUCCUGCAAGAAGACAUCUCGUUCCCGGCACCGCCGCAGACCUCCACGCCAUCUUCAUGGUCGAACUCUGCUAUCUCUAAGCCGGCCACCUCGGUCCACCAGGGAGGCUCGACUCUGCAAUGGGCGCCUAUACCAAUCUCACCAGCACCCCCCAGCCCCACCUCAUCCACCACCUGCCCCUGGGGCCCAGCGGCUUCAUGAGGACCCUCCCUCUUCCUCUAGCAGAGGAGGUUGUGCCCAUUUUAGGAUUUGCCAGGAGUGCCGGCGAAUACAGACUCUGCGAGGCCCUCCUCCACUGCCUAGACCACCCCAGUCUCCAAAACCUCCUCCUCCAGCAGCUCCAGAGGAUCUUACCCCCCUCUCACACCACAGGAGACUGGCAGAUCCCCUAGAUGCUGGAGCCCCUGAGUGAAAAAGGGGUCUUAAACUAGACUGUGUAUGGACCUUUAGAGUGAGAGGGGGAGAAGAGGCAUUGAAAGGCUUGAAUAAGGGGGACUAAAUGAACACUAUAACGAGCCCCCUCUUCACCCUGCUCCUCCAAGCAAUCUGUUUUGGGGGCGGGGGUCUUUUUGAAGCCUCCUCUGUAUUCAUCAGAAACACUGCGAUGUCUCAGUCUUUUACAAUGUACGCUGUGCGUGCGAAAUAAACUUCCCCCUCCUAAUGUUCAUGUGCGAGUUUGCCCAGUCCAGUUUUUUUUUUAACUGCCCUAUCUUGUCUUCUAUAAGUGCCCUUGCAUUGAUCCAAGAGUGUAGCUGUGAUCGUCAGGGGCACAUUAAUCAGGGCUGGAUUUGAAUCUCAGAACCCCCUAAGCAGAGACUCUACAGGGCCGCUCCACCCUCCCCACAACAAAUGUAAAAAAAACUCAAAAAAAUGAUUACACUUUGUGGGUUGGAUAUGGACACAGACAGGAAGUGGGCAGACCUUGGGUCCCAUAUGGGUGCAGAACCAGUGGCAAUGGGCUGAAUUACCAGUAUUAUACUUGGCACCCUAGGCAAGUGUCUGUUGUGCCUUUUUGGAAACCUUUCUAAGACAGUCACCCGGCUCAUGGGGUGGGGUAAUGCUUUCUGGGAAUGAAGCCUCAGUAAAGUCAUUUCAGUUUGUUGAGUACCGGAUGUGAGUGGCCUUCCAUUCUCACUCCCCUGGUACUCAUAGAGUAAAUAUAAAUAUAUAGAUUUUUUUUAUACAUUGACCCUGCCUGGGCGACAAAAAAGAGUGUUGGAGAUGUUUAAAAUAAUUUGAAACCUAAAGAAUAUUAUAUAAUUGCCACAACAACCAUGAAACUAUAUUACUUACGAAUUUGAUACAAAUGAAUGAAAAAAAGUGCAGAAUGUGUUAGUGUGUGUCUUAUUGUACUGCUGUGAAAGAUGGUCAUAUAUUUCUGACCCACAAAGCUUGCACUUGGCAAACUGAUUUCUGGCUAGUAAAAUAGCCUCCUUUCUAAAUCUGUCAGAGUUAGAUGUGCAUUGGGACGUCCAAAAUAUUGCAGUCAGUUUAAAGUUGACCUUUUAUGGGAUCUGUUCAGGUAAGUUAUAAAAUGUAAUCUAUACAUUGUUAUGAAUAUUUCACCAGAAAGUAUAUAGAUUAAAGGGAUAUUCUCUGCAGUAAAAAUGAAAACCUAUAUUUGAAAGCCCAAGUAAUGAAUUGUUCAUAUUUUUUUUUGGAUGAUGAAAACUGCAUUGCUUGGAAAGUA